UAUUCAGAGUUAACAUCUCCUUCUCUACUUCUUCUACUACUACCACCAAACAACCAACCUCAUUCACCAUGAGUUCAUACAACGAUUACAUUGUCGCCUCCAACAACAGCGUCAACGAGAACUACGUGAACGCCAAGAAAGCGCGCUCCACCAAGUACCAGAUCAAGCAACUACUCAAGCCAAUCAUCUCCAUCAUCAAGAAGGACAAGAAGAACACCUACAAGAAAUCACCGCAACCGGAAUACUUCGACGAUUGCGAAAUCGAAAACAACCUGGCCAACGAGAUGCUCGAAUCAAGGAUCAUGGAAGAGAUCGACUCUUGCGAUGAGUUCUCAGCCGUUCCUAUCUACGACAGCAACGGUUCCAUGGACGUCAUCCCAGUGCACCGCGGCCAGAAAUACAUUCCGGUCCACUUCGCCAAAACCGAAGCUGGUACCUUCUUCUGGACCUCCGUCUCUGGCGCCGACUCCGACAUCUCCUGCCAUGGCGACAAGAACGCGAUCACCGGAAACCAAACUCCGGAAAUGCAGGUUCCCUGCGAUCGUUGGGCUCAAGCUUAAA